AAACUCCUCGAGUGCCUCGCCAUCCCUAAAAACUAUACUCGCUCACACUCAUUCUACAUCAUCUCUCUUCCUGGCGCUCUUUCUUUCUUGGUUGUGUAGAUUGCAAUUACCAGUAGAUGGAGGAUAUUGCACCGUCCACGCCGAUCAAAGGCAGGAUAGAAGAAGGAGAAGAAGAAGAUUUCUACGAGAAUAUCGAGGCCCCCAAGUUCGUAGACCUCUCUGCACCAGAUCGGUAUCCGCCCACCGACGACCGUUACUGGUUCUGUCUCCGUGUCGGAUGUGACCAGAAGCAUGAAGAAGAAAUGGAUUCUGAAGCCAUCUACAAGAACUUUGUUCUUAGGGUUAUGGCAGCAAGAAGUCCUAAUGUUCGGCUUCGAAAAGGACUCUGCAAGAAGGAUUCAAGCACAAAUUUGAGGUGCCCGCUUACGGUUCCUGCAAAAUCUUCAAGGUCUAGAGUCUCAAGAUUGGCUCUGAUCUCUUCAAUGUCUAAAAAGAUGGCUGAACCUAAAGUGAAAGCCAAGGCUUUUCCUAAGCACAGUGCCACUCCUAAUCCAAAGGCCAAACAAGCUUCUGUUGCAGCUAAGGCUCUAACUACACCAAGCAACAAAAAGCAUCGGGAUCCGGAUACCUUCCGAAGUGCUAGGAACCCAAAGCCCACAGCUAUUGCAGUACCAAACAAUAGAGUGGUAGCGAAGGCUUUGGUCUUUCAUUCUCCAAAGAAAACAGUCAAAGGAAAGGCUUUGGUCUUCCAUUCGCCAAAGAAAACAGUGAACAUAAAGGCUUCUCUAGAACUGAAGAAAUUGUGUUCAGGGAUGAAGAAGCUUGAAAUCACCAGCGGAAAGAAGGGUGAACAAGGGGGGUAUGACAGAAUAUUGCCUUCAGAUGGUGUGAGAAAGCAAUUGAGAGGAAGAGAAGUUAAAAGUCGGGUCUACAAUUCGUUUAAGUCUCAGAAGCACAAGGGCCAGGAUGCCAAAUCUACUGACCAGUUGACGAUAAAUAGUAAGGACAAAGUCGAAAAAUGCUGUCAGGAUGAAAAUGAAUCCAGGAACGUGGAGGCUGACAAGAAAUCAGGAGUUGCUAGUUUUGAAGAGAGAUCCACUUCAGAUACUUCUAACAAUGAUGAAGGAAAUGAGAAUAGACUAUCAGAUGGCAUGACCAACAAAGAGAGCGAUAAUGAAGAGUGUAAAUCAAUUCCAGAUGAGAGAGGUGUUACACAAAUCAUCAAGACUGAUGAAAAAGGAGGAAAUGCCAGUGUCUCUCAUGACAAAGAAAAUGAUGAUGAAGUCACUGAGAGUGAUGACAAAGAAAAUGAUGUAGCCUCUGAUCCUAAUCGAGAACCAAAUCAUCACAACAGGCAAACACAAAAGAAAGUUUUUGGCAAGCAUGGGACUUGCAAGAACAUUUCAAAGACAACUGGAGGAAUGGCCAAGCCGUCCAAAGAAAGCUCCAGCACUGCUGCAAACACUCAAGGGGUGAAAUAUAGAAAACCUAAGCCUACAAAUCCAAAGCCCUUCAGACUAAGAACUGAUGAGAGAGGCAUUCUAAAGGAAGCAAACUUGGAGAAAAGGCUGCAACAUGCAAUUCAAGAGGAAAGCACAACAACUUCAAAGCUCACUUGGGGGAACUCGGUGAGAAAACAACAAAAAGCAAUUCAGCCAAAUAUUGGUGCUUCCUGCAAAUUAACUUCUACCCAGAGACAUUCUGUUUGCACACACCGGCAAACCAACCCUGGAGGUCCGCAGUCGGGAAAUAGCCCUGAUAAAGCAGCUAACACAAUGAAUGACCAACCAAAAAGAAGCAAAUUAAAACUCACGCGGCCCCAAAGGGCUGCACCAAGUAAGCAAGACAAGGGAUCACUUAUGAAACCUGGCAAACUUUGUGCUAUAGAGGAAACCUCCUCAACAACCACAAGAUCCAAGGAAGCAGAAAAUGCAGAUGACAAUGGUGUUUGUGAAGCAACCACAGCAUCUGCUUCUGCUAUUUCCAGAACAUUGCCACUGGGGAAAAGGCCUGCAACCAUUCGAAAGGAGCCAAACUGUCAUAGCAUCCAUGUACCAAAGAGUUGCACAAGGAGAGUGGCUUAGGUGUUCCACAUAAUUAUCCAGCUGCGUGCUUUAACAUCUUGUUCAAAUGUUUCAUUGAAUUGUAUUUACUUUCUUGUAUUGAUUCUACUUUUAAGCUUUCACAAAAUUCAUUCAACCAUCUGUUUGUAAGCUGAUAUAUUUAACCAUUUGUUUGUAAUUGUUGUAUGUUUAAAUUAUAUAUUCAAGAA